CGUCCAAAUAAACAACAUUAGCCACCGUACGAUCAAUUAACCUAUGAAACCCUAGUAUAUAGUAUCACACCGACCCAAUUUAAACGCUUCACUAACAUUAGGGUUUCACUUUAGCCUUCGAACAGAACUCGUUAGCGCCGAACACACUUCAGUUUCUCCAAUUCUGAGAAACAUGUCUACUCAAAUCAGUAAGAAGCGCAAGUUUGUUGCGGAUGGUGUUUUUUAUGCUGAGCUGAAUGAGGUAUUGACUAGAGAGCUUGCCGAGGAUGGUUACUCUGGUGUUGAAGUUAGGGUUACACCGAUGCGCACUGAAAUAAUCAUUAGGGCUACUAGGACCCAGAAUGUUCUUGGUGAGAAGGGAAGAAGAAUCAGGGAGCUGACUUCUGUAGUUCAGAAACGAUUUAACUUUCCUGAUAACAGUGUGGAACUCUAUGCUGAGAAAGUUAACAAUAGGGGUCUCUGCGCUAUUGCACAGGCCGAGUCUCUUCGUUACAAGCUCCUUGGAGGCCUUGCUGUUAGGAGGGCUUGCUAUGGUGUGUUGAGAUUUAUAAUGGAGAGUGGGGCAAAAGGAUGCGAGGUUAUUGUGAGUGGAAAGCUCAGAGCACAGCGUGCCAAGUCCAUGAAAUUCAAGGAUGGGUACAUGAUUUCCUCUGGUCAACCUGUCAAGGAAUAUAUUGACUCUGCUGUGAGGCAUGUUCUUCUAAGACAGGGUGUACUUGGUAUCAAGGUUAAGAUCAUGCUUGACUGGGAUCCUAGGGGUAAGUUGGGUCCAAUGACACCAUUGCCUGAUCUAGUCACAAUCCAUUCUCCCAAGGAAGAAGAAGAGUAUAAUACUCCAGCAGUGCUGACAGCCAAUAUUGAGAUCCCAGUUGCAUAAGUCCUCAAUUGGAGGAAAUAAGUCUGUAGUACUUGGCUUUAUGGCUUUUCAUAUUUAUAAAUAUUUUAGGGGAGGAAGAUACUAGAUGCUUGUAUGAAUCAAGAAUUGGUUUUUUCUUGCUUAUAUUAGCGUCUCAAGUUUGUCUCA